GCGUAGGCUCCACAAACACCGGCUCACCUUGGCAAUGAAAGUAAAACGGACAGUGCGGACGGUUCUAUGCAAUAUAAAAACCGGAGCAUUACCUGCCAAAUUAUUCAGUUGCCAACUUGAACAGCAUCAACAUGUACGCUAAGCUGAUUGUCGCUUUGUGCGCUGUGGGUAUGGCCCGCGCCAGUGGCCUCCUGGAAGCAGCUCCCCUGGCCUACAGCGCCGCGCCCGCAGUCAUCACCAAGACCGUGUCCCCCGCCGUUUCCUCGGUCUCCUCCUACUCCACCCACACCUCGCACGGCUCCCCCGUGGCGUACGCAGCUGCUCCCGCCUACGCCAAGACCUACGCCGCUCCCGCUGUGGCCGCCUACGCCGCUCCCGCCGUGCAAGCGUACUCUGCCCCCGCUGUCGCUGCGUACUCCGCCCCCAUUGUCACCAAGACCAUCGCCCCCGCCGUGUCUUCUUACUCCGCCUACUCCACCUCCACCUCUCACGGAUCUCCCGUCGCCACCUAUGCCGCUCCUGCCGUGGCCGCCUAUGCCGCCGCUCCCGCCUACGCCAAGACCUACGCGGCUCCCGCUGUAGCCACCUACGCCGCCGCUCCCGUCGUAGCUAAGACCUACGCCGCUCCCGCCGUAGCCUACUCUGCUCCCGCUGUUGCCGCGUACUCUGCCCCAGUGGUGACCAAGACCAUCGCCCCCGCUGUAUCUUCCGUCUCAUCUUACUCUUCCCUCACAUCUCACGGCUCCCCUGUCGCGUACGCUGCCGCCCCCGUGGCCACUUACGCUGCUGCUCCAGUGAUCGCUAAGACCUACUCUGCUCCCGCCUACGCCAAGACCUACGCCGCUCCCGCUGUGGCCGCCUACGCCGCUCCCGCCGUGCAAGCGUACUCUGCCCCCGCUGUCGCCACGUACUCCGCCCCCAUUGUCACCAAGACCAUCGCUCCCGCCGUGUCUUCCUACUCCGCCUACUCCACCUCCACCUCUCACGGAUCUCCCGUCGCCACCUACGCCGCCGCUCCCAUCUACGCCGCUAAGAGCUACGCCGCUCCCGCUGUAGCUGCGUACGCAGCGCCCGCCAUACAGGCAUACUCAGCCCCCGCUGUGCAAGCGUACUCCGCUCCCCUGGUCACCAAGAGCUACGGCUACGCCGCCGCUCCCGUAGCGUCAUACUCCGCGUACGCCGCUCCCGUCGCCUCGUACGCCGCUGCCGCGCCCGUCCUCAAGUCCGUCGCCUACUCCGCCGCUCCCGCCAUCGCGUACGGCGCACACGAUAUCGGCUAUGGCGCUCACGGUGCCAGCUAUGGUUGGUAAACUGAAUCUGUGUAGUGUAUUUUAGUAACAAUUUUGUAAAUAUACCAAAUGAGAAAAAUAUAAUAUUCCAAAGUUAA